AUGCCGGACGGCGACAGCUUGGUGGCGUCAUUGGCGCCGCCGGCAGUGAAUGUUAAUAUACCUCUUCCAUCUGUUGAUGCUGCUGCAACUGGGGUUAGCGACGCAAGGAGCGACGAUGUCUCUUGCGAGCACCUUCGCCUCAUUGCCCGCUGCAUGAGCCGUACGCUGCUGCGGCAUCCUCAACUCCCGUCCUUUCACAACGACCCGCGUGCAAUGUACACCGCGCUGCAUGACUUCUUCACGCAGUGGUCUGCACGCCAGCAACGCGCGGCGGCACUCGCACUGUCAACGGCACAAGUGAUGAGUCUUCUGCAGUACGGUGAGUCUGCCAUACGUCGUGCGGCUGUGGCGGGAUCCACACUCGCGCGGGCACAAACAGCGGCGGAACUCGUCGCCGCCUCUCCCCUCAUCGCCGUGGAGGCCUUAACGCGUGAGUUGCAGUGUCUACCGGUCCGCGUGGUGCUGACACCCGUGGCGGAGGUGUUGGAACUCGCCCGUUUUCUGGAUGAUGCACAGCAGCUUCGAACACCAUUUGGUGCUGUGAACCUUGUGCAUAUCGUGGCGAUUGGGGCGUCGCUAUCGCCAGCGCCAGACAUGAAGACGCUUUUGCUGCGCGUUGCUGCAGGACUUGAGCAUCACCUGCUGUGUGCCGCCAUCUUCCACGAGUGGUCACUAAUUGACAAAAUAAACUCCGAGGGCUUGCGUACACUAUCUCAAGCCCUACAGCAGGCACCGUGUGAUGGUCAAACUGUAGAUGUCGUGGCGUCUUUGCUUGCGACCAGCUCGAUAGAAGGUCUCGGCAGUGGUCCUGCUGAUCCAGCAGCGGUAACAGCAGUAGCACCAGGCAGUGGCGUGGAAAGGAGUUCACGGCGCUCCGGCUCCUCCUGGUACCCUGACGUGUUGCAGGAGAGGUGUGGAACUGUGUCUCCUGCAGGGAUGUGUGAUGGUGGAAGCAUGAGCAGUAGCAAGAGGAGUGAGUCUCCAGUCAGUGUGUUGGAGUUGGUAGAGGGAAGUGGCGACGAAGCGUCCGGUACUGUGGAUUUGGAGUUUUGGCGUCGGUUAUGUAGUUGA